CUUGGCAUUUACACAAGGUAAGUAUAAAUGCAGCCUUGUGUGCUCUCUCUCCCUCUCUCGUGUGGCAGUAAAUGGCAGGUUCCAUAGCAAGAAAAACAGAAAGAGAGUUCCCAAAAUCAACAACAUUUUCAUUUUAAAAACCUUGAAAUAGUGUGCCAAAAGUAGCUUCAAAUCACAAAUAGAGUACAUGUUAAGGAAAUGAGUGAGAGAGAAGAGUUUGAGGUAGAUGGAAAAAAGGGUCCUUUGGAUUGGAGGUUUGUGAGUGGUAACCUUGUAAAUUCAUCAGUGGGUUUGGUUUCCUUGGAAAAUUCUAUGAUGGGUUUUUCUCCUUCAUGUUCUAAUUCAAUGGUGGAUUCAUAUGGUCCUAACUUUUUGGACCUUGCAUCCAAUUCUGAAAGCUUUGGUUUUUGUGAUGUUAAUGGCCACAGUAAUGGAAUGGGAAAAGAUGGGUUUAGUGAUGAUAGAACACUAGGAUUUGGCUGGAACCUUGCUGGUUCUGUGAUGAAUAAGGGUGGUGAGAUGUUUCCUCAAAGUUUGUCUCAGUUUCCAACUGAUUCUGGAUUUACUGAUGCUGCACGAAUGUCGUGCUUAAGUGCCGGGGGUUUUGGAGAUACGGUUAACUCGUGUAGAGUUCCUCAAUCAAUGGCUCUACAUGUUCCUCAAUCUAUUGAGCAUCUUGGUAGUGAUGGAAGAAGUGAUUGUCCUGUAAUGUCUCCAGAGGAAGGGAAACAAGCACUUGGAGGGUCUUGUAAUGAAGCUGAUAGAGUCGAAUCAAGGGGUGAGGGUGAUGAUGGUGUUGCCGUUGGUAGCCAUGAUGGUUCCCAAAUGUUGGAUUGUACAAGUGGAGAACCGUCUAUUAAAGGUCUAAACCGAAAGAAAAGGAAAGGAAGUAGGCAGGAUGGUGAGUGCGACAAAGCCACCCGAACUAUUGAGCUGCCUAGGGAAACUGCAAAGGACAACUGUAAGAGUCGACAGAAGGGAGAGAAGGAACCAAUUUCAACAACCAAGGAUUCUGGGAAGAAUGCUAAACAGGGUUCUCAAGCUUCUGAUCUGCCUAACGAGGGAUACGUACAUGUUAGGGCUCGCCGUGGUCAAGCGACAAACAGUCAUAGCCUUGCAGAGAGAGUGAGGAGAGAAAAGAUCAGUGAAAGGAUGAAGUUUCUUCAAGAUCUUGUACCUGGAUGUAGCAAGAUCACUGGCAAGGCAUUGAUGCUAGAUGAAAUCAUAAACUAUGUACAGUCUCUUCAGCAACAAGUUGAGUUUUUAUCAAUGAAACUUGCAACAGUGAAUUCGCACGUGGAUUUUAAUAUGGAACGGCUACUUCCUAAAGACAUUCUUCAACAUCGACAUGUUCCAUCGUCAUCUGCACCGGGGUUUCUAACAGAAAUGCCAAUGACUUUUCCUCCAUUAUUACAUCCAUCUCAACCAGGACUGAUUCGUUCGUCUCCACCUAACAUGGCUAAUCCAUCCGAUAUACUUGGGCGGAGCGUGGAACCACAAUUCACACCCUUGACUGGAGAAUUUAAAGAGCCAGAUCAGGUUAAUCCAUUGCAAGAAGCCAAACACUGAAAUUACCUCAACACCAAUCCUUUAUUAAUUUCAGUUUUACACUUAUAGUUUAGUUUCUACAUCAUAUGCUAGUAGUAAGUAGAAAUGAUGGUUGGAGUCAAUGGACAGUGAUGUUACUAUAUAGUAGUUAUUUGAAAGUUUCACCGAAGUUAGUAUUUUCUUUCUACUAGGUUUACUUGAUUGUUUUAUAAACUAAUUAUGUACAUAUUUGAUACAAUUUGUAAUAUAGCUGCAUGAAGUGUGUGAGAAUGAACUUCAAUUA